AUGAUUUCAAAUCAAUUAACAACGACUAAAGUACUUACAAGCAACGAGUACAAUAAGUUCAAUGAUGAAAAAUUUAAAAUAGAAAAGUGUUCGAAUUUUUCAUCAAAUGAUACUCAACAAUUUUCUACUAUUCCAAAAAUUUUCUCAAUUAACACUAAUACUAAAUCUAAUAUCAAUAAUAUAUCAGUAUCAACACAAAUUGAUGAUGUAUCUCAAAUAAAUUCCAAUAAAUCAACAACAACACAUAUUUCAUGGAAUUUAUUUUCACAAUCAAAACCUUUUAAUAAACAACAAGAAAGGAAUAUUCUUAAUAAAUAUAAUUCAAAUUUAAUUUUAACAAAACAAAAUCUAUCCGAUGAAAUCUAUCAAUCAAAUUCAAAAUCUGAUUAUAUUGAUUGGACAAAUCCACAAAUAAAUACAUCAUCUAUAGAAACAACAACAAUUAAUAAUCAAUUAGAUGCUAUAAAUUUUCUUCAAGAAUAUUUAGAACAUGGAAAUAAUGAUGUUUUGAUUGAUUUACUUCAUGAAAUAGCACAAGAAAUAAAUAUUGAUCAACAUAAUAACCAAUAUAUAUAUUCAGCUAUAAAUAACAACCAUCUUCAUUUAGCACCAAUAUUUAAUUCAAAUCUUCAAUUAUCAAAUAAUAAAGAAAAAAAGAAUAAAAAAGAAAAAUCUACUGAUAAAGAAAAAAAGGAUUCCAAUGAAAAUAAACAUAAUGAAAUCAAAAGUAAAAAAACAAAAAAAAAUAAAGAUAAAACAAAACAAAUUGAAGAAACAACGACAACAACCACUGAUUCAGAUAAUGUUGUAGAUACACCAGCUUUACUCAAUCCAACACGCAUAAAUUUCAAUAAUCCAAAAUCACCAUCCUAUUCUCCAGUAGAAACAAUUGGAUAUCAAUCUUUUUCUAUACCUGUACCACAGUCAGGUGGACCAGCUGCAAAUGUUGCACAUCUUUCUCAAGUCCAACAACAGUUACAAACAAGUCCUCAAAAUUCAUUUGCAAAUAAAACUACACAUCCACAUAAUGGAUCUGUACAACAACAAUUGCAAUCAUUAUCACAAAUGGCACGUGAUGGUGAUGAAAUUUUGAUAACAUUAAGUGUUAAUGCAUUAACUCAAAAACAACAAAUAAAUAAUAAUAAUAAUAAUCAACAUUAUCAAGCAUUUAUUCAAAAUAAUAACCCUUAUUCUUCUUCACAAUCAUACAAUCAAAUGAUGCCGUCAUCAACAGGAAUUGUGAUGCCACGUAAUCUUGAAAUUGUUGCAAAAGGUUUUGCUCGAGUACAAAAUGAACAUCCACAACCUCCACCAUCGAAUAUGUAUUCACAACAACCACCACCCAUGAUUCAUUCAUAUAAUCAAUCGCCUUAUACAAUGGUUCAUCCACCUUUUGCACCUCGUCAUCCAAUGCCAUGUUAUUCAAGUAACGGUCCUCCGCAAGCACCUAUUGGACCACCUAUUCAACCUUAUAAUCUAUCUCAUAUCAAUACUAGCAAAUGUGAUUAUUUAUGUCAAUCAUCAUUAAAUCAACCAGAUUUUCGUGGACGACCAUCUCCUGGUGUAAUGAUAAAUCCAUAUAUUUCUAAUCUACCUCCAUCAAUGAAUUUCUCUGCUAAACAAUCUUCUAAACAUAAAACAAAAAAUAAAUCUAAUCAAAUACAUAAUAUAAAUUCCGAAAAUAUCAAUCGAACUUAUUCAUCAAUUUAUUAA